GGCGCAUGCGCAGAGGGCUGCCGGGGUGCCGCGGCAGGUCGACAGCAGCCCCGGAGUGGCAGAGAGAGGUCGCCGGCGGCCUCGCCUCCUCCUCCGCCUCCUCCUCCUCCUCGUCCCGCGGCCUCCUUCCGAGCGGAGCGGCCUCCGUCCCGGGACUCCUCCGCCUCUCAGUAGCUGCCACUUUCUCGGCCGCCUCGAUCUUCGGCUCGCCUCCCGCUUCGGUGCCCGAGUGGCGGCCGCCCGAGCAGGGCUACCCUCGCCCAGCAGCCCCCGCCAGUCCCUGCGGCUGGGAUCGGGAGGAGGAGGAGGAGGAGGAGGAGGAGGGCAGGUGGCUCCAGGAAGCCCCCGGGCUGCUGCGGGGCCUCCUUCAGAAUCUGACCGUGGCCGCCGUUUAUUCACCCGUCAGAGUUACAGGCUCCGAGGAGGAGGAGGAGGAGGAGGAAGAGGAGGAGGAAGAAGAGGAGGAGGAGGAGGAGGAGGGGGAGAGGAGGAGGAGGCUCCUCCCGCAACGGGGCCUGUUUAAUGUAAGGCUGGUCUUUAAAGACGGUCUUUCUGCUUUGAGAAGGGCCACAGACUUUGGCCAAGGCAGAGUGGGACCGAGUCCAGGUGGGAUAGAAAGACCCUCCUGAAGGGGAGGAGGAGGAGGAAGCAGCAGCGGAAGAGGAGAAACGGCCGCCUUGCCUGCCGCCAAGGGGCCUGUGGGGACUUGCCCAAGGAGGCAGAGCCUCUCCUGCAGGGCCAAAGCCUCGCCUGGUUCUGCAGCCCAGGAUGCCUGCCCAGAAGCUCCAGCCAGAAGGAAGCCUUCAAGCCCAGAAAAUUGAUAUCGGCGGCGGCGGCAGCAAUGGCCGAGCAGAUGGCCGAGCAGAUGAAGCAAACAAGCCAGGGGAUGAUUGGAUGCCCCGUGAAUAUCAUAUGGGGGACCACGGGGAGGGGCGGGCCUUGGAGAACAAAGCACCGUCGGCAGAGGCUUCUUUGGGGCCCCUCCGAAAAGGCCCCUCGCUGCUAAUCGACCGGCAGCAGAUUCGGUCCGUGGCCCCCAAGGACCAAGCGCUUGAACUCAGAGGCCUGCUGGGAGUCGAGGUCUACGACCAAGAGGUCUUGGAGCAUGGAGUCCUUCAGCAGAUAGACAAGGCGAUCGGUGAAGCCGCUGAAGGGCGUCCAGUUCGUGAUGUUCCUGAAACAGGCGACCAAGCUGAAUUGGAAGGUGUGGGACCAAGUGCAUCCUCUCCAAAACCAUCUGCUACAAACCAUACGGAGCAAAUUGGGCCUCAGGCUAAGGAGGACAUCGGUAGAAAACUGGAUUCUGCAAAAGAACAAAACUGCAACAAAGAGCAAGAGUUUAAAAAAAUGAAAACGAAACAAAAGCACCUUCAAAACGCUGGGGAAGAGGAAGAUCCUGAAGACGGGACGGUGGGAGACCACGAAGCGAAGGAAUCCAGGGAUGGGUUUGGAGGCCAUUUUGCUCCAGGUCCUUCGUCCCUCGGAAGGAUGCUUAUGUCAGCGCAGGAAGAGACCGAAUGGGAGAAGCUCAUCCGAACUGGCCAGAUGACCCCCUUUGGGACGAAAAUGCUUCCGAAAGAAGAGAGGAAGCCCCGGCGGAUCAUGCUGAACGAAACGUCGGGUUUUGAAAAGCUUUUGGCAGAUCAGGCGAAGCUCCUGUCCGAGAGGAAGAAAAACCCCUUUCGUAAGGGGGCCCAGCAGAAAGCGCCCUCGCGAGGUAGCCAGGCCAAAUCCCCAGCCUCUCUCACCAAAGGCAAGAGGAGCAAAGGCCCACCAGAAGCUGCUGGCCCUCUGCGGCGGCAGCAGCAGGAGGAACAGGCUGUCUGCCUUCAAGCCAAAGCCAAGCUUCCCCAGGCCGGGGAAUCAGAGAAGAGGGGGCAGCAGGAGGAGUGGGAGGCCUCUGGAUGCAGGGGGUCUCGUGAAGACCUCAGCCUUUCGGAGGAGGAGGAGGAGUUUUUUCAGGAGGGUCUGGGUGUGAAUCGUCCUGUGUCCUGGGAAGACCCAUUGAAGCAAGAAGACCACUCCGAUGAUGAUUUCUUCCCAAGUUCUUCCGAAGAAGACGAAGACAAAGAAGGAGAGGGCGUUAUUAGGAGGCGGAGAAUAAAGAGAUACAAGGACGAUGGCAAUGAAGAUUACUAUAAGCAAAGGUUAAGGAGGUGGCACAGACAGCAGCUGACGGACCGGAAAGGGCGGCGUCAGAGCACGGCCGAAGAGUCUGACGAAAGCGACGCGGAAUUUCUUGAGGGUUUUAAAGUUCCGGGUUACCUCUUCAAGAAACUGUACAAGUACCAGCAGACAGGUGUGAGGUGGCUGUGGGAGCUGCACUGCCAGCAGGUAGGAGGCAUCCUGGGGGACGAGAUGGGCCUGGGCAAGACCAUCCAGAUAAUUGUCUUCUUGGCAGGCCUGAGUUACAGCAAGAUCAGGACUCGCGGCACAAAUUACAGGCACAGGGGGCUGGGCCCCACCGUGAUCGUCUGUCCCACCACCGUCAUGCAUCAGUGGGUGAAGGAGUUCCACGCCUGGUGGCCGCCCUUCAGAGUGGCAGUUCUACACGAGACGGGCUCCUACGCGGACAAAAAGGUAAAACUGAUUCGUGAAAUUGUGGCCUGCAAUGGAAUCUUGAUAACCUCCUAUUCUUACAUUCGCUUGUUGCAAGACAGUCUUCAGAGGUAUAACUGGCAUUACGUGAUUCUGGACGAGGGGCAUAAAAUUCGGAAUCCAAAGGCUGCAGUUACACUGGCUUGCAAACAGUUCUCCACUCCUCACCGGAUCAUCUUGUCCGGGUCACCUCUGCAAAACCACCUCAAGGAGCUGUGGUCUCUCUUUGAUUUUGUGUUUCCAGGGAAGUUGGGGACCCUCCCCGUCUUCCUGGAGCAGUUCUCGGUCCCCAUAACCAUGGGGGGAUAUUCCAACGCCUCUCCGGUCCAGGUGAAAACCGCGUACAAGUGUGCCUGUAUUUUACGGGAUACGAUUAACCCCUACCUGCUGCGCAGAAUGAAGGCCGAUGUUCAGAUGAGCCUCUCCUUGCCAGAUAAAAAUGAACAGGUCUUAUUUUGUCGCUUGACGGCUGAACAGCAAGAACUCUACAAAAAGUUUAUUGAUUCCAAAGAAGUCUAUCAGAUCCUCAACAGAGAAAUGCAGAUCUUCCCAGGGCUGAUAGCCCUAAGAAAAAUGUGUAACCACCCUGACAUCUUCUCCGGCGGACCGAAGGUUCUGAAGGGGACCCCCGAGGAGGACCUCAAGGAAGAAGACCAGUUCGGCUUCUGGAGGCGUUCUGGGAAAAUGAUAGUCGUGGAGUCCCUGCUGAAAAUCUGGCACAAGCAAAGCCACCGGGUGCUGCUCUUCACCCAGUCCAGGCAGAUGCUGCACAUCCUUGAAGAGUUCUUAAAGCAGAGGAACUACUCCUACCUCAAAAUGGACGGCACCACCACAGUGGCCUCGAGGCAGCCUCUGAUUGGGAGGUUCAAUGAGGAUGCGUCCAUCUUUGUCUUCCUCCUCACUACUCGCGUUGGUGGGCUUGGGAUUAACCUGACGGGCGCAGACCGGGUGAUCAUCUACGACCCUGACUGGAAUCCCAGCACAGACACUCAGGCUCGGGAGCGCGCGUGGAGGAUCGGCCAGACCAGGGACGUGACCGUGUACCGGCUCCUCACCGCAGGGACCAUUGAGGAGAAGAUUUACCACAGGCAAAUAUUCAAACAGUUCCUGACAAACAGAAUCCUGAAGGACCCCAAGCAGAGGCGCUUCUUCAAAUCCAACGACCUCUACGAGCUCUUCACCCUCAGCACUCCGGACGGAGCCCAGGGCACCGAAACCAGCGCCAUCUUCGCAGGAACCGGUUCUGAUGUCCCAGCACCAAAGCGGCCGUUGAAACGUCGCAGUGCCAACCUUUCUGGAUUUUCCAAAAGGCGCCAAGCGAAGCCGACCUCCGCUAAGGCCGAUUCCUUCCUAGCAAGGGAACGUGAGAAUGCAGCCCUUGCAGCAGGGGAGGCAGUCGAGGGGAACUCGGAAACAUCCCCUCCUCCCCUUCCAAAAGACCCCACCCAAACUCCCCCUGCCCAUACGGAUUCCUUCCUGGGGACCGGAGAGGAGCCUUCAGCGGUGGGGAAGGGGGCCCCGUCACAGCCGGAAGAAGGAGGAGGAAGAGGAGCACUGAAGGGGAAGGGCCAGGCGAUGCCGGUCGGCCAAGGCGGGGUAAGCCGGGAGGGGCUGCCUUCUGGGGAACAGCAGGGCCAUCGUCGGCUGCUCACUAGCCCCAGGGAUCCCACUUCCGCCCCGGAGCCUGCCAAGGGCCAGCGGAAGAGGCCCAAACGUUCUCGAGAUGCCAGAUUCGAGGGCGUGCCGGUUCCCCACCUGGUGAAGCAGAGAAAAUUCCAGAAGGAAGAUCGUGAGGAGCUGCGAGAGCCGGCGAAAAGCGACGAUUACGUUUUGGAGAAGCUUUUCAAAAAAUCAGGGAUACACAGCAUAAUGAAGCAUGACGCCAUAAUGGAAGCUUCUAGUCCAGAUUAUGUGCUGGUGGAAGCAGAGGCCAAUCGUGUGGCUCAAGACGCCCUCCGAGCCCUGAAGGUUUCUCGACAACGAUACCGUGGAGUUGCUUCUACUUGGGCUGACGGCGCCUCCACUCGGUUCAAAAGCAGAUUUGGCCAGAAGAGGAACCCAAAUCUCAUGAUAUCCUCAUCGUCUUCCAAUCAGGCUUCAGGGAAAAAGUGCAAGUUGAAACAUGAACAGCUGAUAGUGAACGAGGGUGAGAGAGAGAGAGGAGACCCUGCCGGCAGCAGACUCCCUCCCUUCGAUGGAGAGGCCUCUUCGAGCGCUCUGGACUCCUCUUCGUUGCUGGCCAAAAUGAGGGAAAGGAACCACCUGACUGGAUCCCAGCAGAGGGCGGAUCCGGCUGAAGGGAGCUUCCAGCACAGGAUCCCCGGGGCCCCCACGGCCCCCACAGAGCACGAUGAGCUGCUCUCGGACAUCCGGAGCUUCAUGGCUUUCCAGGCCCAGCUGCCGGGCCAGGCCAGCACGCGCGAAAUCCUGCAGGAAUUUGGCUCCAAGCUGACCACGCAGCAGUCCUGCAUCUUCCGGGAACUCCUGAGAAACCUCUGCACUUUCCACCGGCAGUCGGGGGGCGAAGGGCUUUGGAGGCUCAAGGCGGAAUUCACCUGACCGCCCCUGGCUCUCCCGCUGGGGCUUUCCAGUAGCGUCUCAGGGCACUCGUGUGUCCUCUCCUGCACAGAGGCUGCCCCCGACUUUAUAAAGCAGGAAUAGAAGCCAGCCGGACGUUUCCCUAUUUAAGGGAGCAUUAAAGUGGAUUCCUAGUAAGCUUUCUGGUAAAUCAUGCAAUUGGAAAAAGAGCGAGCUGUGUGCCUAAAUAAACGGUACCUUAAAAGUAACAUUCCAGGGAUUAGCCACGCACAUCAGCAGCCUUAGUAAGAACUACCUUCGGAGUCGAAAAGCACCGGCGUCCCAUAAAAAUGCCGCCUGUAUGCCAGAGAUUCUGGCCAUAGAGAAAGUUAAGUGGAAAUUCCUGAGUCACCCGGUUUGGUUUUGAACUUGUAAUAACAGCAGCCUUCUCAGCGUUUUGGGAGCUCCUGACCUGCUGGAUAUUUAAGAGUUCGUGUCCUGCUUGUAAAAAGAACACAAUUUUGUACCAAGCUGUAAAAAGCAGCAGAGCCCCUGUCUGCUGGGCAGAGUGGGCCUCUUCUGCCGGGUGUAGUUUCGGACCGCCCCCUCCUUGGCCCUUUCCCCACCUGCCCAGGGGUGGCCUCUAGAGUCCAGCUCCCCAGGCUGCUCAUUGGAAACGCGCAGCGAGCAGCACGGGUGCGUGUGUGUGUGUGUGUGGCUGCUGGCUCCUGGGUUGUGGGCGCCUCUCCUUGCCAAAGUUUUUGGGUUUGCCAGCCAUUCACUCGCUCUGCAUGGCUGCACCUCUCAAGCAAGCGGGCAGCCGGCAAGACUUAGGCGGCACAGUAGGCAGCAGCUGAGGCAGGGCUGCCAGGGGGCACGAAGCGCUCCAAGGGUGGCGGCUGGGCCGGUUUUUCCAACGGGAGCCCCAAAUUGCACACCAGUUCUGUAAGGCCAUCCCUGUCCAGGACAAGAGAGGGAGAAUCCUGAGGAAUGGGGGUCCUGGACCCCAGAGCCCUCCCGCCCUUACGAGGCUUGAAUGGCCUUGUUCUGCCCAGUCCAGACCUCUGCAGCCACCGGGCAGGGCGGCCCAGGGUGCCGGAGACGGAAGACGGCACAUUCAUCAAGUUUUAUUUAGGAGGGAUUUUUAUUUUUUGCAAGAGGCAGCCUUUCCCUGAGGGAACCUUAAGAAAUGAUUGCGUUGCUUUCUACAGGAUAAGGUUCUCAUUCAGUGGCAGCAGUUUCAGCUGUAAACCUAUAAAAUACAACCAGCUUCUCUUCUCUUGAUUCUGACUUCCCCUCAGCCGCCUCCCUCUUAAGGCUGGGAGGAAUUUUCCCAGGCAGAGACCGGGGGGUUGAAUCCCUUCUCUUGAUACCUUUUUCACCCCCCCCACCCCCCCCAAAAGUAAAUUCCAGAAGGCCUGAUAAGAGAAAGGAAAAGAAAGGAGAUCACUCGCUCCUCCCGUAGGGAUCCCUCUACGCUUCUGUGCUGCGCGGAUAAAAUGAAGGCCCAGCCCAGAAGCCAGGCAGUUUCACCCCUGCGGAUGGAGAAGUGCCGGUUAAAGUACUUGGGGCGGAGGAGGGGAUAGCAGUUCUGGAUGACAUGGCAGGCUCUGUGCAUCUCUCUCGUCUUCCUGCAGCUGGGGAUUGGAGAACUAACGAGGGUUUCAUGGAGAAAAGACUUUGCUAAAGUCCCAGAGAUUUUGCAGAAACGGGGGUGAGCAGCAAGAAGUCUUCACAUCUUGUGUUUGCAGGCAUUCUGCUGAGAAAGAUGGAGUGAUAGGCCUGAAGGUUUACUUCCUUUCCGUUCUUAUUUUAUCAUAUUUCCAUAUUGAUCAUCACACUUAUGUGCCUUGGUGGUUUACAGAUGAAAUAAUAAAAUUAUACAUGAGCUAUAGUUAAAAACCAAGUUAGAAAACAGAUUAAAGAGAACAAUUGCAAAGUUAAAAGGCAGAGGGAGGGCUUUCAGCCCAUAAAUGACAACCCCCCCCCCCAGAAUGUGUGUUGCUCUUGGACACACAGACACCCCCAGGGCAGUUGGCCGGAGAGGGGGCGCCCGCCUUCUGGAUCUGACCCAGUCCUUCCCCAAAACGCAUGAAAUCCUGUGUUAUUGUGGUGGGUGUCCCGGUCACCCCAAACCCUCCCUUGACAAGGUCUCUGAGGAUUCAUGGAGCCUCCCCAAGGUUUCCAUUCAGCUGUCUGAUAAGGCUCCCUGUCUCGGCCGUCACACAUUUGAACCCGAAUACCUUCCUUAUUUAUAAAAAUAAAGAUAGUAAA